ACGCCCCCCAGCGCCAUCUUGUUGCGUGUGCGCUAGGGAGGGAGUGCUGAGCUGUAAGAGUGACUCUGAGCCGGCUUGGAAGAGCUGUUCCCGCCAUGCCACACUACCAGACCUGGGAGGAGUUCACCCGUGCCGCCGAAAAGCUCUACCUCGCCGACCCCAUGAAGGUGCGUGUGGUUCUUAAAUACCGACACUGUGAUGGGAAUCUGUGUAUCAAAGUAACAGAUGAUGUAGUUUGUCUGCUAUACAGAACGGACCAGGCUCAAGAUGUAAAGAAGAUUGAGAAAUUCCACAGUCAGCUAAUGCGACUCAUGGUAGCUAAGGAAUCCCGCAGUGCUGCCAUGGAAACAGACUGAAUUGCUGAAAAUAAAACGAAAGCUUCAGUCAUAUUUCAUGGGAAGAAAAUACCACUUGGAUUUGAGCGAACAUUGGGACAGGAGAUGUUUUAUGUAACGAAGUGGACUAUGAAAAGUCUGAAGCAUUUUUUGCCCUGCCCUAGACGCCACUUCAGAUAACUAGGAAAAUAAAUGCUUUCAGUUGAAAGCCUCUAUUUAUUUUUGAAAAUUAAGCAAGAAAAAUAUAUCCUCCAUGGAAAACAUUCUUACAAGUCUUGCUUAACAUACUUUAACCUGUAAAUAUUUUCUUUUGUAAAUCUACAGUACUCUUAAUUUGAAAGUGAAAGGAGAAAAGUGUAUCCCUCUGGAAAGUGAGAGCAUGUCUUCAUGUAGAUUAAAUUGAUCUUAUUUGCAUUCA